CGAAGAUUACGAGUCAUAGGUCCAUGGCCCAACCCGACAACCCAGUACGGGCCCAGCCCGUGCACACACCUUAUAUCAUGAUGUCCUCUCAGCAUCACAUAUUCAAUGCCAAUUUUUCUUUCUCCUCUUUCCUCUCAUCACUCUCUGCUAAUUGAGGGGAGAAUUUAUGCGGGAAAAUGGAGCUUACUCACAACAGUAACAAUAACAACUCAAUAAUCGCGCCGUUUGUGAUGAAAACUUACCAAAUGGUAAACGACCCGUCGACAAAUGGGCUAAUUAGUUGGGGAAAGGCCAACAACAGCUUCGUCGUUCUCGACCCGCUCGAGUUCUCUCACCGGAUUUUGCCGGCUUACUUCAAGCACCACAAUUUCUCCAGCUUCGUGCGGCAGCUCAAUACUUAUGGGUUCAAGAAAGUUGACCCGGAUAGAUGGGAGUUCGCUAAUGAAUGGUUCCUACGUGGCCAAACACACUUGCUCCACAACAUGUCCCGGAAAAAACAUUCGCCCACCAAACACCAUCAAGAACAAACGAGCCUCGAGCGAGAGCUCGAGAGAAUGAGCCAGCGGUUGGAGGCCACCGAGAGGCGGCCCCAACAAAUGAUGACUUUCUUGUGCAAGGUGGUCGAGGACCCUGAGAUCCUUCCCCAAAUCAUGCUCGAGAAGGAGAGAAUGAAGAAGAGUUUGACCUCAGGCAGAAUUGACCACAAGAAGAGGAGGCUCGUGGGGUCCACGGACUCGUCGAGCUCAUCGACUAGGAGCGAGGACGAAGGAGGGAAGUCGGUUUCGCCCGCAGACGGCAGUAACUAUCGUUAUCAGUCGUUGUCGCCAACAACAGUUGAGAUAUCGUCAUCUGUGCCCGAGCAGUGGGGGUUUUUAUCCUACCACAUCAAUAUCUUAUCCCUCCACGUAGUUCCAAUCCUGGUCCACGUCAUCUUGUAA